UGCUGGGAUCCCCCCCUCCUAUGCCUCCCUUGCCCGCAAGGCACGCUGGGAAUUGUAGUGUGGGGUCGCCGCUCUCUUUCGGGCGGCCGCGUUGCAUGCCGGAAGCGGUAGUCUCCUGGGGUGGAAGCCGGGAGGGAAGAUGGCGGCGCCUCAGCAGCAACAGCAACAGCAGCAGCCACCGCCUGCCUCCCAGCUGGCUCUACACCAGGCCCAGGCGACGACCUCCCCGGCCGCAGGGGUGGUCGCCGGGCAGCAGGCGGCGGCGGCGGCGGCUGCUGCUGCUCAGGUAGCGGCGGCGGCGGGCGCAGCGCCCCUGCAGGUGGGCCAGUCUCCAUCCGGGCUGCAAGUGGCCGCGCAGGCGCUGGAGUUCGACCCUGUCCAGCGGUUCCGCUACUUGCUGCCGCAGCUGAAAGAAAGCCUGCAGAACCUGAUGAAAGUGGCUGCUCAGAACUUCGUUCAGAAUACCAACAUCGACAGCGGACAGAAAAGUAAUGAUGGGGCCGUGCAGAGGGUUGACAAGAGCCUGGAGGAGUUCUACGCCUUGUGUGAUCAGCUGGAGCUUUGCCUGCGCCUGGCCUACGAGUGCCUCUCCCAGAGCUUCGACAGCGCCAAGCAUUCCCCCACGCUUGUGCCGACAGCAACCAAGCCGGAUGCGGUCCAGGCAGAGAGCCUGCCCUACACUCAGUACCUCAGCAUGAUCAAGUCCCAGAUUUCUUGCGCCAAAGACAUCCACAAUGCCCUGCUGGAGUGCUCAAACAAGAUCACCGGCAAGGUGCCCUCUCAGGGUGUGCUGUAGCUCCUGGCACCUCCGGGACACUCCUGGCCAGAAACUGCGCGUUCCGACUGGGGGCUGGGAGGCCAGUCCCUGACUUGGCCAGAAGGGGGCGGUCCUGCCAUCACACACAGGCCCUUGAUCCCAUCCCUUCCUCCCUUUCCUCUCACUCAUCUGUUUCUCCCCCCCCCUCCAACUUUUGUAUUAUUUAAACAUUAAAUUGAGAAAUUUGCAUACAGAAAGGUUCUCAGCCAAAUUGCUGAUUCCAGUAUACCCCCGCAACCCCUCCCAUUUGAGGGAGAUGGCUGGUCAAUAGAGUUUCUCCAUUGUGUCCCAUAAAUGGUAUGUCAGUCUGUCCACCCCAAGAGUCUCUGCUUUUAAUGAGGGAUAGACAUACCGACUUCUCCGCCUGCUGCGGCUUCAAGCGUUACCAUUCAUUUCUUGCAUCCCCUCUCAGUCCCUCUUCUUCUAACCUCUCCUCCGCCUCAAUGCCUAGAACUGUUUCCCCACAUCCUGUCCUAAAGACCAUGACGUGAGUCCUCCUGGAUGCCUUUGCAGUUCCUGAAGAGGAUUUGGGUCCAUCGGGGUCCAUGGUGCUUUUGUGAACUGCACCGGAGCGCUCCCAUGCCCUGGAAUUCUCAAGACGGCCAGCCAGUUUUCCCCUCUUGCAUCAGUGGGACUGACUCUUCAGGGCCAUCUCGUAAUUGGAGAAGCAGACCACUGCCAGCUUCACUCCCUGUGCUCAAAAUGGGGGCUCCCAAUGCUUUGCCUGCUGAUUUUCUGCACACAGACACACGGACCCAAAAUCAAUGCUGUGGAGCAUCAGAAACCAAUCUCCCUGGAAGGCAGCAGGAGAAAGGGUGUCCGUUUCGAUCCAGCUCUCCUUUAAGUCUUGUACCUUUGGCUUCAUUUCUAGGGGUCGGGGGCUGUAUAGACUAUAUAUAUAUAUUGAUUGUGCUUAUCAUUAUAAAGGAAAGGCUUCCUGGGAGUGGUGCGGGCUGCCAGAUUUGGAUCUUCCUUUCCCAACCAUCCUUGGGCGUGUGAAUUCAAAGUCCUUGCAGUGCGGUGGAAUCUGUCCCAGGUGUCUUUGUUCGGCUCUUCUCCCCACCCUGCCAGUUCUUGGUGGGUUUUCUCACCUGCUUACUGCGGGAGAAGAAACCUAUGAACAGAUCGUUGGGGAAAGCUGAUCCUAAAAGCAGUGCUCUUUGAAACGGGUGGAAUCGGCUGAUAAAGGACAGGAGAGCUUGGGCUGAGACCAGCACAUGAGCAGCGUGCGUGCACACACACUUGAAUGGGGACACCAUCUGCUGAGUCGCCCAGCAGUGUUAUUCCUCCUCCUCCUCCUUGCAAGGCUGAGGUGUUUGUCUUCCCCCCUGUUUGUGUCUCCUCCUCCGUUUCUCACUCGCUUUGCUACCUGCUUUUUUGUUUGAGCGCCUGAACUGGAAAUCGGAAACUGAGGGGCAGCCCAGAAGGAAAUGUGUCACGGCUGAGAAGAGAUGACACGUUCCCUUGUUGUUCUUUAAUCCUGUUAUGCAAGACUUUCAUAGUUACUGGCUUUGUUUAUGUUGAGUGUGUGUGCGUGUGUCUUAAUUAGUACAGGGAGAGGAACAUUGCCUUUUUCGGAAGUUUGGAUUCCUCUUAUGCCAGCACUAUGGUGCUAUCUGUUUGUACAAGGAUGUUCCUGGAGGGGCACACACACAAAAGAAAUUAAAGGUGGAAAGUUCUCA